CAGAGCAGCCUCUUCAGGAAGCGAUCGCAGGAAGCUGGAGCCCAACACAUCGCCGAGAUUUGUUCUUUGGAAUUAUAAACUUUUUUUACGGCCUCUUUCGUUGAAAACACUUUCGGAAUGACGACCAUGUUAAGUUAGUGUGCGCUUUGCUUGACUCGUUAACGCAUUCAAGGGAAUACAUAUAUAAGUAUUGAAUGAGUUCUGUUGGCUGCCGAGCAGAGACCGUUUUGGGACAGCACCGGAGACAGACCGAGGGCGAGGGAAAACACGGCAAAGACCACUUUCGUUAAACCGCUCAACAUGAACCUCAUCGGGGGCUACCAGCAUCACCACCACCUGAUGCACGAGCCCUUCCCGUUCGUCCAGCGGUGUCACCAGGAUGCACCGUACUUCCAGAGCUGGGUGGUGAACCACGGCGAGAUGCCCCCGGACUUCCAGAUCCAGACCCCCUACCCGGCCGCGGAGCACGGAGCGCCCGGAACGACGCACGACGCCCGGCUGGAGGGGCUCCAGGCGGGGAUGGGGAAGAGGAGAACGUCGGGGCCGAAGAAGGAGCGCCGGCGGACGGAGAGCAUCAACACAGCUUUCUCCGAGCUCAGGGAGUGCAUCCCAAACGUCCCGGCGGACACUAAACUGUCGAAAAUUAAAACUUUACGCCUGGCCACCAGUUACAUCGCCUACCUGAUGGACGUCCUGGCCAAAGACACCGGGGAGACCGAGGGCUUUAAGGCCGAAAUUAAGAAAUUUGAAAACCGGGAUCUAAAGAGGAAACGUGAUCAGCUGGUACAGCCUGACGGGCUGCAGGAGGCAUUAGGAGCCGAGAAGAAGGCGAAGGGCCGGACCGGGUGGCCGCAGCAGGUCUGGGCUCUGGAGCUCAACCAGUGACCCCCCUCCUCCACUCCCACCCCCCUAAAAAACCCCGAGACUCUGGAUUCAAAUCAGAUAAAAAACCACUGCCUGACUGAACCUAAACACACCGCUGUGCAAGUGCAAUGAAGCACAAAAUGAGAGAAUUAAAGGACAACAUGCUAACAAGGUGAGGAGGAGAGCACCAUGGACACUCUGUUGAUCUUCUCUCUCCCGGUGUGGUUCACUCCACAGACAAUUCUGACUGUAGGUGUUUGAUAUCUGUGGUAUUUCUGUUUUUUGAUGUUUGUACUGUAGACCAGAUGUUGCCACGGUGUCAAAACACAUCUGUCUCCCCGGAAAAAUGUGUUUUUAUCUGGUGUCUUGAGUGGUGCUGUUUUACACAUGAGGACGUAAAGCAGAACAUAAACCGAACAAAUGGAGUAAAUGUAAGAUGAGGUCGGAUAGGAACAGCAUUACAGAUUAAAUCACAAAUAUUUUGUACACUUAUUUGGGCUCAGCUGGGUUUUUUCUGCCUGAAAUUCUUCGUAAUUUAUGACAAAUUAGUCACACGAGCCGCACGGCAGAGUUUUUGUGCAAUAACAAAGCAGUUAUAAACCCAAUUAUCUUAUAAUACUUUGCCUAUAAUUAUAACUUUGAAAGAAUAUUCUGGCAUAGACUACUUUAUUUGUUUUGCUCCGUGAUGCCAGCCUUUAGUAGAAAUAUUCAAACUAUCAAAACAUUUUAUACAAAUCGGAUUUAGUUUCAUUUUAUUACAAUGCUCAGUAGAACAGUUUUUAACGGUUCACAUUAGAAAACUGACGUGGUGUUAAAUCACACAAACCCAUUCAACUAUAAAACUUCUAUGAAUUAACUGAUAAACUCAUUAAAACCCAGGCAGGCCUUGUUGUAUAUGAUGUCGUGUAAAACGGAUAUGAAAAAAAGAAAUAUCGAAAACAUUUAAAGUCCUGGUGGGAGCCGAGCCCAGAGGAAACACAUUUUUUUGGGGAAUCUUUUUUAUUUGUUGUCACUGUUUCUUCCCUCUGAAUUUGGCAGUCAGAAUAUUUACAGUAUUAUUAAUCAAGUAUUUCCGGUUAGAUAUGUUACAGACAAACUCAAAUGGAGUCUUGAAUGUAGUCUACACUUUUCCGGCUGUUGUUGAUGUUUCUUGUUGAACAUUAUUGAAUUUACUGAAUCUACCUCAAAAUUAAUGUCACUGUCCGUCCUGAGACACAGAAUGUUCCGUUAACGCACAGCUUUCACUCCGACAAACACUAAAAACUAAAAAAAAGGUUUAUUUCUGUGCGACAUGUUGAUUGAAAUGUACAUUGGAUGUGAAGUUAUAUAUUGUUCCGUAAAUAAAUGAAUUAUUUUAAGUCACUUCA